AUGAAAAGAUUUUUAGUUCCAUUUUGUUUCAUCCUUUUCUGUUUGGUGUCCUGGGCCUCCGCGAGUUUGACACUCGGAGCAAUGACGAGCUCAUCAUUUGCUGAUGAAAAUUGCUCAUCAUCCAUUCAAUCUGUACUCAUAUCCAAAGAGGCAUGGCUUGCAGUGAACAUUUCCUCAUCGUCAACAUUUACUGUGAAAUUCCAAUUCCAGUCCAACAAUUAUGUUAAAACAAAUAUCGUGAGCAUGGAUGGUAACGCUGCAAGCGUCUCUCCUACUGUCUACACAGUUCAACUCAAUAGUGCCUAUUCCGUUCAUGAAGCCGAUCAAACUCUGACAUUGGGCGACAGUGGAGUUGUGAAUCCGUGUGGAUUUUGGACAGGUAAUUUUACUCCUUGGAGUGAAGAGGCUUCAAACAAGUAUUGUAAUUAUUGGAUGGGUUUACUUGGUCGUGGAGCUGUGUAUCGAGUCGAUUUUGUGAGUGGUUCAAAUUGUUCAGAAAUUGUGUUGACCAACACAAAGAAUUCACAAUUUGUGUUGGAUAUUGUUCCAUCUCCUUCAAUUAAUUCUCAAGUUUGUACGAAUUUUGUAACCAGAAAUUCAUCGGUAUGGUGGAAAGAUUCCAUUCAAGGAUACAAUUAUUAUUUGCAAUUUAAUACUGAGAUUGUGAGCACAUCUUAUGUUUUGGGAAGUUAUAAAUUGGUAUUGGAAAACACAAAAGAUUGCAAUGGCACACUCACGAGAGCUUAUUCAAGUGGACAAUUCCAAAUUCUUUCAAAUUAUUCUACCAUUUUGACAAAGAAACAAUUUUGUUACGAUUAUUCUCCAACUCCAGGAAAAUGCACAAGUUUAUGCAAAGAUAACAUGCUUGAUAUUAUUUAUGGAUUGUUGAAAACCAACGAUAACUGUACUUCAUGGAAUGUGAAUACUUUGGGUUCAACCUAUUUCACAGAGAGCAAUCCUCCACCUCUUCCAUCUCACUUCCCUACUUCAUCCUCUCAAGUUCCAAGAGAUAAUACUCAAAUUUUGAUUGUAGUUGGUUCAAUUGUUGGUUGUUUGGUUGUUUUAGGAUUGUUGACACUUAUUGCUGUAACCCUUGUUCGCUGUAUUAAGAACAUGCAACAGAAAAGAAAGUACAUUGGUGUUUAA